UAUCGAAUUGUGGAGGAGCCGUUGUCGAUCAUCGAUCAUCGAGCAAAUGGAUUCAGAACUUUACUUGAAAAUUGCUUUCACUUGCAGUAAAUAUAUGUGGUGUGCGUUGGUCAGGGAAGAGGUGGGAGUAGAGGAUGAGGAGGAGUUAGAAAAGUUGUUCGAUUGGUUAUUACCGUCGGAGCGUCAUACCUUAUUUGCGUCGCGAUAGGUUAGGUUCGCAUGGCUUGCCGCGCCGUUGCUACUAUGCUUCGAGCCUAUGAGGAUAUAGCGCUGUAGCGUAGAGAGGACCAAAGCUCGAAUGCUUAAAAGAUAGGUGCGGGGUUUUCGUUAAAAACCGUGGUUUGUGCGAUAACUUCCUUCUCGAUUCUAUCCAGAGAAAAAAUCAUUUUAGAGAGAUAAGAUUUUUUCUCGCGAAGGGAUAUCUCUCGGUCUGUCCUUUCGUUCUUUCGUUAUACCAGUGAAAAGUGUGCGUCGUGCAUACGUACGUGCGGGCUGUACUGUUGAGACUCGCUCAUGAUACGCGACGGACGAUUUGCUAAAGUAUUUGAAUGAAGGCAUACUUGGCGCAGGAAUCACGGUGGUACGUUAAUCGCGGUUUAUAAGUAUCACCGCAGACACGGGAAGAAAAUUUAUUUUUUAAAUAUUUGCGAUAUUUCAAAGUGUGAAAGAAACGUAACUGUGCUCUCGGCAAUAAUAACUGGGGGCGCGUGUUUCAAAUUGCUUUACUUGCUAGAUCCGACGCCCAGUCAUGUAAUAUUGUCGGAAGAACGAUUUUGUGAAUUAAGUGCAGAGUGCAGUUUAACUAUAGUUACUCCUUAAAAAUACGAAACUUAUUACAUAUCCGUUCUAACGCAAUUAAUUGGAAAAUUAUGUAACUAGGAAAAAUUGAAUUUCCUUAUAGGAACGACUUAUUAGGAGUCAUUUUCCUGUUUUUCUUAACUCUUUCGUGCCCGAAGACGUGUCUAUAAAUAAUUAUUGGACGAGUAAACGAUUAAUAUCAAUGAGAGGGUGUUAUUAAUUCUCCUUGUUUCUCUAGAAACUUUUAUUGGUAAUUUGUGUCCAUCGCUUGACUAUCAUUUUCUCAUUACCAAACAUGAUUAACAAUGAAAUAUUUAAGAAUGGACGAAGAAAUAGUAGUUGACGACAUAGAUGAUAAUAGUAUAACAGAAUCGCAAUUGGACGAUUCUACUACUCCAGUUAUGCCUCUAUUAUACAUUCAACAGGGCAAAAUGCGUUCUGGUCAGACAACAGCUGCAAAUCAGACGCUUGUUUCACCGACUGCUACCCAACUUGCUGCCAUUAUUAAUCCUGUCAAUAAUCAGAUUGUUACCGGACAAAAUAAAGUAUUUAUACAGGGGCCAGGUCAGGUUACCACUUCUCAAAAUAAGCAACACAUUGUAAUUCAUCGUCCAGUUAAUACAGUUAAUACAACAAAUGCUGCGCAAGGACAGAAACACAUAUUACUUAGAAAAUCAAAUGCGUCUACCGCACAGAUAGUACCCUUGAAUACUUCUCAGGGUAAUCAGACGAAUCCUCAAUCGGGAAAGCAUACGUUUGCGUACCUUGGGACUCUUAUUAAGCCAAAUAAAUCGCGCGAAUCUGUUGUAAUCCCAGCAGGAGCCUUAACGACUACUCAAAUAACUAAGCCAAAGCUAGUUAUCGCCCCAGUUAUAUCGCAAUUGGCACAGACAUCGACAAGUACGACUGCUGGCUCGCAAAGUCAACCACCUAAACAUAUGACGAAUUUGUUAUUACCUGUUAGCAUUCCCCAACAAAGCGGACCUGCCAAAUCGAGCAUGUUUAAUUUGAAGAUCAAUAACGGUCAAAUCAGUACAGACAGUAAGGGAACGAUUACAGUUUUAAGGGAAUCCAAAACAACAAACUCAACUACACAUCCUCCACCAUUGCAUCCAAUAGCGAAAAUGAGUUUAUUAAGUGCGAAUAAAGGAAACAAUAAUUCUACAGAUAGUAUAAAGAUUACGGAAAAUCCGGAUUCGGCGGUUAUUACGCCUAUACCUAAAAAGGACGAUACUACGAUGCCGGAAAAAAGAAAAAAAACAAUAAGUAAUAUUUUAAGAGGUUCUAGUGAAAAGCGAUUAAAGAAACAAAAGCCCUCGCAAGAGACUAUGGCAGAUGUUACUUAUUCGCUCAGUAGUCCUGAGUCUGAACAGGAUAAAGAUAAAAAGGUGCAAAACGAUGAUGACAUUACUUUGAUUAAAGUAAUUCCUAGCGAAGACAAAUCAAUGAAAUUAAAUACGAGCGUAGACGAUGACAUAAAAAUAGAAAUAAUUAAAACCCCUACGAGUUGUACAGUUGAGCCUAUGUCGGAGAAUAAACACGAAAUGAAAAUUAAUCACGAAGAUAUGAAGGAUCACUUCAAUGUUUCUCAGCAAAAUGAUUCCAAUUUUGAUGCUGCUAAAGCAUUAGAUUGGAAAGAUGGCGUAGGUACCUUACCAGGAAGUACACUAAAGUUUUGUAUGAAUGAAUUUGGGAUUAUGGAAGUCGUCGAAGAGGAUGAAACAAGUAAGCAGAGUAAAGAUGGAAAUAUUGGCGAUAAGGAAAACGUAUGCCUAAUGCAGAAUUCUUCCAAAUCCAGUCUCGUUAUGACCAACAACGCAAUUAACGAGAAAAAGGCCGAAGAUCGGAAAACUAGAGCCGUGUCCGCCGAUACCGUCUAUCACUGCGAGGGCUGUGGUUGUUAUGGCCUAGCUGCAGAAUUUGAAAGUCCAAUCUCUUGCAGUCCCUCGUGCACGGAGAUAAUAGAAUCUAAGAAGCAGCCUUCAAUGCGGAAAGAGAAAGAUUUAAAAGAUUUGCGCGUAAAGCGAAAACGAAAAAGAUUGUUACAAGAACAACAGCAAGCAAAAGAAACGGAAGAAAAAUUUGAUGAAAAAUUGCAGGAGAAAGUAAAGUCUGAGACGGAUGAGGAUACUAAGGACACCAUCGGAGGGAUAGACGACGAAUGUCAAGGAAUAGAUUCCUCCGAAUCUAAGUUUCCGUGGCAAACUGGGAAACUUGGUUUCUCUUGGCCUAAAUAUCUCGAACAUUGUAAAGCCAAGCCUGCACCCGUUAAACUAUUUAAGGAUCCAUUUCCAUAUGGCAAAAAUAAUUUUAAAGUUGGAAUGAAGUUAGAGGGAAUAGAUCCUGAACAUCCAUCCCGCUAUUGCGUCCUUACGGUAGUCGAAGUUGUAGGCUAUAGGAUACGUUUGCAUUUCGAUGGUUAUCCAGAGAAUUAUGAUUUUUGGGUGAAUGCGGAUAGCAUGGAUAUCUUUCCAGUUGGAUGGUCCGAGAAAAAUGGACAUCGUUUGGAUCCACCGAAGGGUUAUGUACCCAAUAAUUUCAAUUGGAACGCCUAUCUUAAAAUUUGUAAAGCUCCUGCAGUUCCAAAAAAUGUAUUUUCCAAUAAAAGCUCCGUUUUUCCAACUGGAUUUCGCGUGGGCAUGAAGCUGGAAGCAGUCGAUCGUAAACACUCGUCUUUAGUUUGCGUAGCUAGUAUAGCGUGUUUAAUGGAUUCCCGGAUUUUAGUUCAUUUUGAUUCCUGGGACGAGGUAUAUGAUUAUUGGGCGGAUGCGAGUUCCCCGUACAUUCAUCCCGUCGGAUGGUGUCAUCAUAAUGGCCAUAGUCUUACUCCGCCCAACAAUUAUAAAGAUCCGAAGUCCUUUACAUGGGACACUUAUCUAAGAGAAACUCAUUCAAUGGCAGCACCAGCUAGAGCUUUUAAACAACGACCACCUUGUGGGUUUAAGCGCGGUAUGAAAUUGGAAGUAGUGGACAAAAGAGUUCCUCAACUUAUUAGAGUAGCCACUGUCGAGGAUGUGAAGGAUCACAUGUUGAAAAUACGUUUCGAUGGAUGGCCAGAGAAUCACGCUUAUUGGAUCGAUGACGAUUCUGCGGAUAUACAUCCGAUGGGAUGGUGUCUAAAAACUGGACAUCCAUUAGAAGCACCAUUAACGCCGGAUAAUUUAAACGAUAGGCCAGAAUGUGGUACAUAUGGGUGUCGUGGUAUAGGACACGUAAAGGGUCCUAAAUUUGCCACCCAUAAUUCAGCGUCUGGUUGUCCAUAUUCACCUCAAAAUUUGCAUAAAGUUAGACAAGUGUCCGAUAGAUUGAAUAUAAAACACGAGACCUGCGAUUUCGACGAAGAAUCGCAGGAAAAAUUAAAAGUCGACAAGAUUGAUAAAUUGAAAACGGAUAAGUUUGAAAAGUCUGAAAAAGUGGAAAAGACGGAAAAAAUGGAGAAACUUUCAUCCUCCGAAGAACGCUUGUUGAAGACUGAAAAAGAUGUCAAACAAGAGGAUGGAGAAUCUGAUAAAAAUGAUAAGUCGGAAAAUUCUGAAAGAUCGAGCAAGUCGAAAAAUCAUCACAGUGACGGACAAACGGACGACGAUGAGAUUUCGAGAAAACGAAAGAAAAGACGGCCAAUUUCCGAUGAUCCAUUAUAUACCAUUUCAAAUUCGACGUACAGUGACGCGGUUCUGACUGCCAUUCCAUAUGCUGCCAAUAUGCCAGAUAAACAAUUGCGUACAGAAUUAUAUCAGUCAGUUUAUAAUCCUGGUUACAAUCCGCUACCAGAUGCACCGCACAUAUGGGCGAAACAUAGUAACGCUUUAAAUAGAGUUGUAUCGAAGCAAAAUACAAAUCCUCGUCGUUGGUCCAACGAAGAGGUGAUUAAGUUUAUUCAGAGCGUACCUAAUUGCAAGGAAAUCGGUAAUAUUUUCAGGAAACACAAUAUUGACGGAGAAGCAUUUUUAAUGCUCACGCAAGAAGAUUUAGUAUCGCUAUUAGGUUUACGCUUAGGACCAGCAAUAAAGCUUUAUAACAGUAUAGUUUUAUUACGUCGGAGGGCCACGUGAAUAUUUUGUUGAAAAGAAAAUCAACGAAACGACGACGAAAGUAUUUCCCACAAGAGAAGAGGAGAAAUAAAGUUUAAGGGGAAAAGUUGUUAUUAAAAUGAAAUUAAUUAUUUAUUAAUGAGGUUGUCAGAAAUUUCUAAGGGAACGGAAAUUUCUUAGGUUCGUGAUUUUCUUUGUAAUUGGUAUAUAUUUAUUUCAAAUUUCGAAUUAAUUUUUUUUACAAAUUAUACGAAAGGUCAAAUAUCAAUCGUGCGAUGGGAAAAAUUUUACUCUUGCGAUUUGGAUCGAUGAUCGCAUCGAGUCAUUAUAAUAUAGUUCAGAUAUCUACGCAUGACAAGUACUUACAAUUGUCCAUUAUAAUUUUUUCGUAUAUUAUCAAGUGAAUUCGAUCAUGUACAAAUGUAAAUAUAAUCAUCUUAAUAAUUAAUUAUUGUAAUAAGAAAGAGACUGUUUAAAUCAUUGA